CCCAAAAAAGCAUCAUCUUUCAGCAGCCCUUCUCAGCACACACAUGGUACUUGAAUUGGAAACAAAACCACCGGGAUGAUGCAGACCACUAGUCACCCCAAGCAAAGUACAGAGUUCUGUUUUAGUUGCUGUUUAAAAUCAUUAUAUAGAAGAACACUGAAGUUUGGAAAAACAUGUUAGAAACUAUAGAUAAAACCCGGGCCCUGCAGGCCACAGAGCGCUUACAAGCCAAGCUGCGAGAACGUGGGGAUGUGGCAAAUGAAGACAAACUCAGCCUUUUAAAGUCAGUCUUGCAGAGCCCGCUCUUCAGUCAGAUUCUGAACCUUCAGACUUCUGUACAGCAGCUGAAAGACCAGGUAAACACUGCAACUUCAGCAAUUUCAAAUGUUGAAUAUGCCCACGUUCCACAUCUCAGCCCAGCUGUAAUUCCUUCUUUGCAAAAUGAUUUGUUUUUAUCAUCUUCAAAUAAUGGGAAUCUGGAAGCCUUUACAGGGUCUGGUACUCCACACAUCAAUGGGAAACCUACUUGUGAUGAAUUUGAUCAACUAAUCAAAAAUAUGGCCCAGGGUCGCCAUGUAGAAGUCUUUGAGCUUCUCAAACCUCCAUGUGGGGGCCUGGGUUUCAGUGUUGUGGGACUCCGGAGUGAAAACCGGGGAGAACUGGGAAUAUUUGUGCAGGAGAUUCAAGAGGGCAGCGUGGCUCACAGAGACGGAAGAUUGAAGGAAACUGAUCAGAUCCUUGCCAUCAAUGGACAGGCGCUUGAUCAGACAAUUACACAUCAGCAGGCUAUCAGCAUCCUGCAGAAAGCCAAAGAUCACGUCCAGCUAGUUAUUGCCAGAGGCUCAUUGCCUCAGCUCAUCAGCCCCAUAGUUUCCCGUUCUCCAUCUGCAGCCAGCACAAUUUCCGCUCACUCUAACCCGGUUCACUGGCAGCAUGUGGAGACUAUUGAAUUGGUGAAUGAUGGAUCUGGACUAGGAUUUGGCAUUGUUGGAGGAAAAGCAACUGGUGUGAUAGUAAAAACCAUUCUGCCUGGGGGAGUAGCUGACCAGCAUGGGCGAUUAUGCAGUGGAGACCACAUUCUAAAGAUUGGUGAUACUGAUCUAGCCGGAAUGAGCAGUGAGCAGGUAGCACAAGUGCUCAGGCAGUGUGGAAACAGAGUCAAACUGGUGAUUGCAAGAGGUGCCUUAGAAGAACCAGCAGCACCUGCCUCCGUGGGCCUCACACUUGCCUCAGCCCCAUUGUCUAUGCCAGAAAUGCGGGUUGAUGCUUCUACUCAGAAAAGUGAAGAAAGUGAGACAUUUGAUGUAGAACUCACUAAAAAUGUCCAAGGACUAGGAAUUACCAUUGCUGGUUACAUUGGAGAUAAAAAAUUAGAGCCUUCAGGAAUCUUUGUAAAGAGCAUUACAAAGAGCAGUGCUGUGGAACAUGAUGGAAGAAUCCAAAUUGGAGACCAAAUUAUAGCAGUAGAUGGCACAAACCUUCAGGGUUUUACCAAUCAGCAAGCAGUAGAGGUGUUGCGACACACAGGACAAACUGUACACCUGACACUAAUGAGGAGAGGAAUGAAGCAGGACGCUGAGCUCAUGUCAAAGGAGGAUGUCACGAAGGACACAGUCCUGUCUCCCGGGAAUGCCAGCAUAAGCAAAGAAAAUCAUGAAAAAGAUGAAGAUUCUUCAUUGUUGAGUAGAAACCCCAGCAUAUUACCGAUUGAAGAAGAAGGUAAACACCCGGAGCCAGGGUAUCCGUUAUUGUCAGCAGAGGUGGAAGAAACAGAAGAUGCAGAGCAACAGGAAGGUGCCCUGCUAACAAAGUGGCAGAGAAUUAUGGGAAUUAAUUAUGAAAUAGUGGUGGCUCACGUGAGCAAGUUCAGUGAGAGCAGUGGGUUGGGAAUAAGUCUGGAAGCAACAGUGGGACAUCACUUUAUCCGAUCCGUUCUACCAGAAGGUCCUGUUGGACAUAGUGGGAAGCUUUUCAGUGGAGAUGAGCUACUGGAAGUGAAUGGCAUAACUUUGCUUGGGGAAAAUCACCAAGAUGUGGUAAAUAUUUUAAAAGAGCUGCCCAUCGAAGUGACAAUGGUGUGCUGCCGACGAACUGCACCACCCACCGCCCAGUCCGAACUGGACAGCCUGGCCUUAUGUGAUACUGAGCUGAUGGAAAAGCCUCACGUAGAUCUAGGCGAGUUCACCGGGUCCUCGGAGACAGAGGAUCCUGCACUGCUGAUGACUGAUGUGGGUCAGAAUGCGGAGGAGGUUCAAGGACCUUUGGCCAUGUGGGAGGCUGAUGUUCAACAUAUCGAGCUGGUGAAAGGAAACAAAGGACUUGGUUUUAGCAUCUUAGAUUAUCAGGAUCCCAUUGAUCCAGCAAGCACUGUGAUUGUAAUUCGUUCUUUGGUGCCUGGCGGCAUUGCCGAAAAGGACGGUCGACUUCUUCCUGGAGAUCGACUCAUGUUUGUCAAUGAUGUUAACCUGGAAAACAGCAGUCUUGAAGAAGCGGUACAGGCACUGAAGGGUGCGCCAUCAGGAACUGUCAGAAUCGGAGUAGCCAAGCCUUUACCUCUUUCACCAGAAGAAGGUUAUGUCUCUGCUAAGGAAGACUCCUUUCUCUACCGGUCACACUCCCGCGAGGAGGAAGGGCUGACUGACAGAGCCGUCUUCAGGGCUGACUUGGCUCUGGUGGACACAAAUGAGCCUGACUUAGCAGAUGAAUCUACAUUUGAGUCUCAGUACUCUCCUGAUAACGACAGUAUCUACUCUACUCAAGCCUCUAUUUUAUCUCUUCAUGGCAGUGCUUGUAGCGAUGGCCUGAACUACGGUCCCUCCCUUCCAUCUUCUUCUCCCAAGGAUGUUACUGAAAGUUCUUCAGAUCCAGUCCUCGAUCUACACAUGUCCUUGGAGGAAAUGUACACCCAGAAUAUCCUGCAAAGACAGGACGAGAGUCCCCCUUCAGUGGACUUGACUAUGGGACCUGCCUCUGGCUUUACCAUAAAUGAUUACACAACUGCAAAUGCUACUGAACAGCAAUACGAAUGUGAGAACUCAGGAGCAUGGACUGAAUCUCACCUGCCAACUGAAAUUACAUCAAGUGCAGAACUUCCUUCUGUGCUUUCUGAUGUGGCUGGAAAGGCCUCUGAGUUCUUAAUUCAGCAGAGCUCCCUGACAUCAACUGCCGAGUGUGUCAUGCUCCAAAAUAUAACCAAAGAAUCUCUUGAGAAGACCAUUACUGUAGCAAAAGGCAAUUCUAGCCUAGGGAUGACAGUAAGCACUAAUAAAGAUGGCUUGGGGAUGAUCGUUCGAAGCAUCAUUCAUGGAGGGUCCAUUAGUCGAGAUGGCCGGAUUGCCGUUGGGGACUGCAUCCUGUCUAUUAAUGAGGAAUCUACUGUCAGCUUAACCAAUGCCCAGGCACGGGCCAUGUUGAGAAGACACUCUCUCAUUGGUCCUGACAUUAAAAUUACUUAUGUGCCUGCAGAACAUUUGGAAGAGUUCAAAAUAAAUUUGGGGCAACAAUCUGGAGGAAUAAUGGCACUGGAUAUAUUUUCUUCAUACACUGGCAGAGACAUUCCAGAACUACCAGAGCGAGAAGAAGGAGAGGGAGAAGAAAGUGAGCUUCAAAAUGCAGCAUACAGUAAUUGGAAUCAGCCCAGACGGGUUGAACUUUGGAGAGAACCAAGCAAAUCCUUGGGCAUCAGCAUUGUUGGUGGACGAGGCAUGGGGAGUCGUCUGAGCAACGGUGAAGUAAUGAGGGGCAUUUUCAUCAAACAUGUUCUCGAAGAUAGUCCAGCUGGCACAAAUGGAACCUUGAAACCUGGAGAUAGAAUAGUAGAGGUGGAUGGAAUGGACCUCAGAGAUGCAAGCCAUGAACAAGCUGUGGAAGCCAUUCGGAAAGCAGGCAACCCUGUAGUCUUUAUGGUACAGAGCAUUAUAAACAGACCAAGGAAAUCCCCUUUGCCUUCCUUGCCGCACAGCCUUUACCCUAAGUACCACUUCAGCAGCACUAACCCAUUUGCUGAUUCUCUUCAGUUCAACGCUGACAAGGAAUUACAGAAUUCAAGUAGAGUUACCUUCCGUUGUUCCCCAACUAACCCUUUUGCUCCCACACCAUUUAAGGCACCCACUCAGUCAGAAUCAGAGCCAGAAAAGGCUCCUUUGUGCAGUGUGCCUCCACCCCCUUCUUCGGCAUCUGCAGAAAUGAGCACUGAUCAUACACAAUCAUCUGCAAGCAAAAUCUCAGAAGAUGUGGACAAAGAGGAUGAGUUUGGUUACAGCUGGAAAAACAUCAGAGAGCGUUAUGGAACCCUAACAGGAGAGCUGCAUAUGAUUGAACUGGAGAAAGGUCGUAGUGGUCUGGGCCUAAGUCUUGCUGGAAACAAAGACCGAUCGAGGAUGAGUGUCUUUAUAGUGGGGAUUGAUCCGAACGGAGCAGCUGGGAAAGAUGGCCGACUGCAGAUUGCAGAUGAGCUUCUAGAGAUCAAUGGUCAAAUUUUAUAUGGAAGAAGUCAUCAGAAUGCUUCUUCAAUCAUUAAAUGUGCUCCUUCAAAAGUAAAAAUAAUUUUUAUCAGAAAUAAAGAUGCUGUGAGUCAGAUGGCUGUAUGUCCUGGAAAUACAGUAGAACCUUUGCCUUCUACCUCAGAGAAUUCUCAAAAUAAGGAGGCCGAACCAAGUGUUGCUCCUUCUGAUGCACCUGUGGACCUCUGUUCCUUCACAAACGUGAGGCAUCUGGAGCUUCCCAAGGAUCAAGGGGGUUUGGGCAUUGCUAUCAGUGAAGAAGAUACACUCAGUGGAGUCAUCAUAAAGAGUCUAACAGAGCACGGGGUGGCAGCUAAGGAUGGACGGCUCAAAGUUGGAGAUCAGAUUUUGGCUAUAGAUGAUGAAGUUGUUGUUGGCUAUCCCGUUGACAAGUUCAUUAGCCUUUUGAAAACAGCAAAGACAACAGUGAAACUUACCAUUCGUGCUGAGAAUCCAGACUCCCAGGCUGUGGCUUCGGCCCCUGGGACAACCUGUGGAGAAAAGAACAGCUCCUUGUCUGCGAUGCCCCCAGCUUCGGGCUCCCCGGACCUGGAGUCCGUCAGAAGUACAAGCAGAUCAUCAACACCAGCGAUCUUUGCUUCUGAUCCUGCAACCUGCCCCAUCAUCCCAGGCUGUGAAACAACGAUUGAGAUUUCCAAAGGGCGAACAGGGCUGGGCCUGAGCAUUGUUGGAGGGUCCGACACUCUGCUGGGUGCCAUUAUCAUCCAUGAAGUUUAUGAAGAAGGAGCAGCAUGUAAAGAUGGGAGACUCUGGGCUGGAGAUCAGAUUUUGGAGGUGAAUGGAAUUGACUUGAGAAAGGCCACACAUGAUGAAGCAAUAAAUGUCCUGAGACAGACACCACACAGAGUACGCCUGACACUCUACAGAGAUGAGGCCCCCUACAAGGAGGAACAUGUUUGUGACACCCUCACUAUUGAGCUACACAAGAAGCCAGGGAAAGGCCUGGGAUUAAGUAUUGUUGGGAAAAGAAGUGAUAGCGGAGUAUUUGUGUCGGACAUUGUCAAAGGAGGGAUCGCAGAUGCUGACGGGAGGCUGGUGCAGGGGGACCAGAUCCUGGCGGUGAAUGGGGAAGAUGUCCGCAACGCCACCCAGGAGUCUGUGGCUGCUUUGCUGAAGUGUUCCCUGGGCACGGUAACCUUGGAAGUCGGAAGAAUCAAAGCAGGUCCAUUCCAUUCAGAGAGGAGGCCUUCUCAAAGCAGCCAGAUGAGUGAAGGCAGCCUGUCAUCGUUCACUUUUCCACUUUCCGGAUCCAGCCCAUCCGAGUCACUGGAAAGUAGUUUGAAGAAGAAUGCAUUGGCAUCUGAAAUACAGGGAUUAAGAACAGUUGAAAUAAAAAAGGGGCCUACUGACUCCCUGGGAAUCAGCAUUGCUGGAGGAGUGGGCAGCCCUCUGGGUGAUGUCCCUAUAUUUAUUGCAAUGAUGCACCCAAACGGAGUUGCAGCUCAGACCCAGAAACUCAGAGAAGCAGUGCCUCCCAGGAGAAAUGAAGAGAAGGGAUUUGUUGGGGACAGGAUUGUCACUAUCUGUGGCACAUCCACUGAGGGGAUGACUCACACCCAAGCAGUUAACUUACUGAAAAAUGCCUCUGGUUCCAUUGAAAUGCAGGUAGUUGCUGGAGGAGAUGUGAGCGUGGUCACGAGUCAUCAGCAGGAGCCUGCCAGUUCCAGUCUCUCCUUCACGGGGCUCACGUCAAGCAGUAUAUUUCAGGAUGAUUUAGGGCCUCCUCAGUGUAAAUCUAUCACCCUAGACCGAGGACCAGAUGGCUUAGGCUUCAGCAUAGUAGGAGGCUACGGCAGCCCUCACGGAGACCUACCCAUUUAUGUUAAAACAGUGUUUGCGAAGGGAGCAGCGUCGGAAGAUGGGCGUCUCAAAAGAGGUGAUCAGAUCAUUGCCGUCAACGGGCAAAGUCUGGAAGGGGUGACCCAUGAAGAAGCUGUUGCCAUCCUUAAGCGGACAAAAGGAACAGUCACUCUGAUGGUUCUCUCCUGAAGCUACUGAAGAGUUGAGCCAACUCAACCCCUCGCUCACAUCCCACACCGUGGAGAGAAUGGAAUUGGUCUUGCAGACACCUCUCCCCGGCUGUCUUCAGCAGGCUCUUCAAAACUCUGGGUGGGGGAGGUACCAUUUAAGUUUGUUUUUCUCGUGUGGAAAUGAUUUUCUUACCACCUAGCAUCAUUUUUCCUUUCUCCUUGGAUUUUGUGAACAUAAACUUAAACAGAAAGACUAUGUGCAUAGGUGAACCCAGCCUUUCUUUGUAAAGAUGUCUGACAGUUUGUCCUCACAUGUGCAGAAAAUACGACAUGCUGAACUGGUUAGUAGAGAAAAAAAAAUUUGUAAAGCUAACCUAAGAGAAAUGGCUUUAAUAAAUUAGGGUAAGAAUGAAAAAUAAAGUAGAGAAGAAAAUCUCAAGUUUUAUAAAAAAUGCCUCAUUUUGUCAGUUCAACUCCUCUCCCCAUUUCUAAGUGAAAAAGAAAAUGAAACAACGUUCUCUAUUGAAAAUCUUUAAAAAUACCCUCAGUAUUUAAAAUAUUUGAAUAUUGUAGAAAAAUUGCAUCUCCUUACCUUUCAAACACAUAUAUAUAUAUUUUCCUAAAAUGGGUUUCUAAGAUUGAGUCGUUAGCAGUUAUACGAAGCAGUGUCCCUGAGUUUUUAAAGAAAAUAUUUGAUGCAAAUCUCAAUGUUCAUUUUUAUUUUUGACCUGUUAUAAAAUAUUUUCAUGUUUCUGUAAGCACAAUGGUGGUGCCACCCACUGUUGACUUGAAUAUUUCUAGAACUUGGCCAAGUUAACCAUGGAAGAACACAGAAGUCUCUUAGAAUCUUUAAUGCUGGUUUUAACUGAUGCAACACUGAAAAUGUGUUAGCGUGCUGUGCAAUUGGUUUUCAGUUACUAUUAAUCUUAAUGACAGAGAAAAAAGCAAUGUGUUAGUAAUUAUUUUGGUUGCAUGCCAUUAGUAAAUUGAUAGAAAAAUUAAGGGAAUUAACAUAACUUCAUUUCAUUGCCUUAUAUUAACAUCUUAUAAUACAAUAGUUUAAGACUAAGAGAAACAGAUGGAGCUGUUUAUUGAGACAACUGGUGAGGAAUUAUCAUGUGUUCAUUCCCAUUUUAGAGCGUGAAACUCCUACAUUAGAAUAUAUGAAGUCACUUUAAAUAUUAUCUAUAUUUGUAACAGAAGUAGUGUACAGAUAUUUUAUUACAGCACUUUUGUGUAAAUGCAGAAUUGGAGUGAAUAAAUAAGUUUCUUGGUGCACGAAUAAAGAAACAGGCGUA